UCCGACGAUUGGACAGCGAAAUUAUACAUUCAGCCAUUUUUCUUAUUAGUUACACAGGGGUUAGUGAAACCGUUACGAAAACUUUGAUACUGCCGUUGUAAAGUAUGAAAUUGAAAAUAAUUUAAAAAAAAACAAAAAUAUCCGAUGGUAAAUUCCACUUGAUAUCAACUCAGAAUCAUGGUGAUUGUGCUUGUCUGUGGCAUCGUAGCUCCCAAACGGAUGAUCCGAUUUUAAUGCGGUUUUUUUUGUUUGAAAGGUAUAUCAGUCGAGAGUGUUCUUAGCUAUGUUUGGUGGAAAUCGGUUCAGGUCUUCAAGGUCAUCAGGUCGUUUGUUAAGUGUGCCGGACACCAGGAAUAAGCGGUCUCCGAGCGCCGCCGCCCUGCACCAGCUCUACACGCUGUCCAUGUCCGAAAUCAAACAGAAAACUGAAUUCUCCGGGUUCCACUUCAAGCCGUCACCUUUUUACAUUCGUUGGGUGUACGGGUUCAAUCACCGGGCUGGCGUCAUCAACCUGAACGACAAGGGGACCAGCACCGUCUUCUACGCCGCCUGCAACUUCGGCGUGCUCUACAACUGGACCACCAACCACAUGCGCAUACUACAGGGGCACAGACAGCAGGUGACCUGCAUAGCGGCAGACGUUGACGGCAAAUGGCUGGUGACUGGCGACAGCGGUUCAGAGAACGCCAUCAUCAUAUGGGACACGACCAACCUGUUUCCGCAACGCACCAUAUUCAACCCUCACCACAGGCUGGCCAAAUUGGCCUUAAGUGGUGAUGCUAAAUACCUUUUGACUGUAGGGUAUGGGGAGAAAGCAAACCUCUCUUGGUGGAUCUGGUCUGAAGGGAAAAUAGAACCUCAUGCCACAACGGAAGUAGCGAUCACGAAGGACUCCAUUUUGGCAAUGGAGUUUAACCCAGAUAAUUCGAUGCAGUUCGCGUUCCUGACCAAACAGGACCUCUGGAUUGGAGAUGCCGCUAAAAUAAUACUCAACGAACGAGGGCUGUUAAGAGUAACGGACAACUGGCGCCUGCAAGUUAGGAACCCUGAGAAGAAACACAUUCUAGACCUUGGGAGGCUCACCUGCUUCUGCUUCGUGAAAACCACUUCUCAGAUCAUAGUGGCCACCAGCCGCGGUGGUGUCAUGCUCUUCGGGUACACCUUGGAGUACACGAAGAAUGCCAAUUGUUCUGAUAUCAAUAACCUCAAGUACAUCAAGUCUCUGAAAAUUCAGAAACAUAAGAUCAAUGUCAUUAAAUAUGUUGAUGGGAUAUUAGUGACAGGGGACACUGCUGGACAGAUCUACUUCUACGACGACCAGAUGAAGUUGCUGUACUGGGUACAUGGGUUCACAGUGGACAACGUGCGAGGACUCAGCUUCAACAUCUCGCCUCGGAGUUACAUGAUCCUUGAUCCUAAAUGUAACACAAAAUGCCAGUGUUGGGAGAAGAUAGUGGCGACGAAGCACCCGGAGACGGGCGAGUUGACCACCAAGCUGGUCAAGAAGAAGCUGCCGCAGGACUGCACCAAGGGCGGGCUGCCCUUCGUUGUCCGGGACUUCAUAAUAUGCGGCCUCAACAACGGUAUUGGCUUUGUGGACUUCGUGACAGAGAAGAACAACAUCAUAUUGGACUACAAGAUAUCGCCAGUUUUGGCUCAAACGGUUCAUCCUGAGAAGAAGCUGAUCUGCCUGGGAUACACAGAUGGAAACGUGGAGCUGGUCAACUUCACUCAACACAAGCUGCGGUCAAGACUUGACCUGCGAGAGUUCUACAAGAUCGUGACCCCUCCUAAGGACGAUUCCAUCAAGGGGGACUUUGAGUACUACGUGCCACAACUGUCUGUCACCUGUCUCAAGUAUUCGCCGUCAGGCCUUCACCUAGCCUGCGGUCUGAACACGGGCCAAAUAUUGUUUUUGGACCCCACAACGAUUGAUAUUAUAACCAAAACGCCUUUCAAAGACACCAAGUUUGCUAUUAAGGAAUUUAAUUAUGCGCCUGAUUCGUUGACGAUGGCUUUCGCUGAUAAAGGCAAAACAGUCGGCGUUUACAAAUACGACUGCGAACGCAUGAAAUGGACGUUCAUCGGGAAACACAGAGCGCAUUACAAAGAGAUCACUUCGGUGUUCUUCUUACCUGAAAAGAAUCCUAACGGAGAGUACAAGUUGGUUUCCCUUGGAAUGGACAGGAUUAUGGUGGAGUAUGAUAUAGGGGCUAGCUCUGAAGAGUACCUGGAGCUGCUGAGUUUGGAUCGCAUCGAUCAGUCGGCAAUACCCCUGGCUGGUAUACCCUGGCCGGUGCCAAAAGAUCUCGACCCAGAAACCUGUCACGAACAACUGCCCAGUAUCCUUGUUGCCAAUGACGAGCACAAGUAUAAGAUCAUAAACUACGCAACGACCAUGACACUGGCGACCUACCUCGGUCCCAGGUUCGACCAUCCCGUGCAAGACAUUCGGCUGGUCAAGAAGAGGGACGAAACCACGAAUGAAGACUUAUUCUAUCUGCUGUUCACCACCAAGAUCGUGAUAGGGCUGCAGAAGAUGCCGCUUGACGGGAACCCUUGGAAACAUGCUGGCAUGUUGGGACAUCCUAAUCAGUUGAUCAAAAUCGGUUUUCGUGAAGACACUGGAACUCUGUUCUCUAUUGGACUCAAAGAUAGCUGUAUGUGCCAGUGGUCUGCCAAUUUCGGUGCAGUGGAAAAAACGACUAAGCUCGGCGGUACAGAGUUAGACCCUUACUACUGUCUGGUGGAGAACGGGAGACCAGGCUGGCUGUUUCAGGAGAUCAGAGACCUGUUCUACUACAUCCAGAUCCUGUGUCAAGGCACCUUUUCCCCGGCGAUGCGGCGUGUCAAGGACUAUAUACCUAUUGAGUCGCUGCCUGACCUAAUGAGGGCUCUUGGGUACUUUCCAUCUGAGUAUGAGGUGGAAAAUCUAAUAGUGGAAGCGAAGUUCAAGGUGUACAACAAACGGGGGGUGGUAGAGAUUGACUUCGACGAGUUCGUCAAGUUGUACCUGAACCACCGGCCGGCGUUUGGAGACAACUAUCGAAAGAUCAAACAUGCCUUCAAAGUGUUCUCUCGUUACUCCAAAGACAGCGGUGACUACAUGCGCCGAGACGACUUUGUCGAUCUGUUUUGUGACUACGGUGAAUGUUUCUCCCGCGAGCUGGCGUGGUACUUGUUCUCGAUCUUGGCGGGGCAGAGCUUCGAAGACCGCGCCGCUGGCACGUCCGGAGACUUUUCAUUCCUGCCGCCGAAGGUGAAGCUAAACGACAUAACGACUAUGAUCCUGGGUAUCCCGGACUUCGACGCGCUGUCGGAGGUGCAGUCGCUCGGCGGGCAGUCCAUCGGCUCCGCGGCUGGCACCGAGUAUGACUCCGAUGAGUCCGAUGACAGAUUCUUCAAGUUCUAGACUUUUCCAAUAAAUGUAUUUAUGAAUUA